UCCCCUCUUGGCUUUCACUGGCCCAUUGAUUUUCGCCCCCAUCGCGCGCUCUGAUUGGCUAUGUGAAACACCUUAAUGCCCCUAGGAAGAAUAGCAUCGAGGCUAGGAAGCGAAUACGAGAGGCUGUUGCACAACAUAUGACUGUCUCUGCUCGCUCUUGGAUAAUUUCAUUCUCCAUGAUAGCGAUGCGGGCGCUGGCGGCUGUAUUAUUAACCUUUUCCACGAUUAGUCAAGCGUCGUUGUCGGAACAUGGAACUCCUACAGCAACGGCUGAGUGUUGGACUCCUAGGAAACCCUAUGCCGGAUCGGUUGCGUUCCCACAGGUCCCUCUGAUCUCUCUAUCAUCGGGAUCACUAGGAGGAACACUCUUCGAGAGACAAAACAGUGAGACUGUGUGGAAGGGCAGGAUUUUUUCCGUAUUGACCUUUCAUUCAGGUGCACAAUGCUCCUCAACAACGGGUGCGGAAUACAGCUGCCCUGGAAACGCUACAUGCGUGAGUGUUAUGUUCAAUGUGUGGGAAUGCGGCUGACUGAAUAAGUGUUCGAGCCUUGAUACACCUGGGUGCUGCUACGAAGGUCAACAGGUACGCUGGAACUAUUUGAGCUGGUG